AUGGCAGAACCAUCUUCCAACCCAGCGGUCGCAAACCCCGACAUCGAUCCGGCACUCACAAAUGGCGAGGCGCAACAAGCACCUACAGACCAACCCGCAGAUGUAGAAAUGGCAGAUUCAGGCGCAGCACCAGCGCCCACCACCCUCGACGCCUCAGCCUCAACAACCACCCACCAACCCAGCGUACAAACCGUCCCGCCCACACCCUCCACCUCAACCCCAGCACCGCCCUCCGCACCAAAUCUACCGACCGCUACCACAGCGCCGACACCCACUCCCGCAGCCUCAUCGCGCAACUCACCGCACCCCAGUGCGCAAGCGCCCACACAACCCAUUCCACACGGUAGUCCCACGCGAGUGUACUUGAAUCAGCAUGUGACGCCGCAUUUGCUCGAGGCGAUGAAACAUCUUGCUACUGCGGAGCCGGAGAAGCCGCUCAAGUGGUUGAGUGAGUUCUUGGCGGGGAAGAGUAGGGAGAUUGAGGGGACAUGA